ACCAGUACUAAUGUCGAAGCAAAACGAUUUUUUGGCUGAGUAUCGGCAAUUUUCAGAUGAAGAUUCCUUGCUGAAUGACAUUCCUUCUUCUGUCCAUAAGGAUUCUACGCAGAAUUUGGACACCCCUGUCGUUAUUCCGCAGACAGAGAAACCCUCGUCAGACCUGGCCGACACGUUUAAUCUAUUCAAGACUUAUUUCGACUCAAAGCUGAACACUCUGAAGGAUGAACUUUCUGUGGGUAACGAUUUUGACGAUUUGGCUAAGAAACUCAAGAAAGACGUUUCUGUGUCUUUUAAACACGAAGGAAACAAAAUUCAAUUUGAAUUUAAUUCUGAAAUUCUGAACGAUUUAUCUAAAGUACAGAAAAAGUUGUCAGUUAAAGAUUCUGCUUCUUCUGCCAUUAUUUCUUCUGUUAUUAACAAGAGAAACAAGCUCAUUCGUAUAGCAGAUAAAUCACCAGCGGGUUGGACCACUGUAAGAGAAUACGAGAGUGACGACCUCGCCUCUAAUUCGGACGACGAAAAACGUAUGCGACAGGCAGAGAAUAGGGCGCUCCUGGUACUCAGAGAGAAACGAAGAUUCAAGCCUUAUCAAGUAGAUUAUUUUGAAAAAUUACCUGUUUAUGGCAAAGGUGUUAAAGGAAACUUAGCUAAACAUGUUGAAUACUGGAAAAGUAUUGUUGCUAGCGAUUUUGUUAUUGAUACCAUUAAUAACGGUUAUGUAGUUCCUUUUCAGACGGCACCAUCUCCAAUGAAGUUCAAGAAUAAUAAGUCAGCUCUUGAAAAUGUUGAAUUUGUAAAUAGUUCGAUUUCAGAUCUGUUAGAAUCCGGCUGCAUUGAGAAAGUUUCUUUCCAGCCUUUUGUUGUUAGCCCACUUAGUGUUGCAGUUAACAAAGGUUCGGGAAAAAGAGGCUAA